GCAGACAGGUGUCGCGUUCCUAUUGGCCCUCGCCGAUGCCAACAACCUUUCUCUCUCUCCACAGGAGAUCAUUGAGUUGGACAGGCUCAUAGAGAACGGCUUUCUUGGUCUGAGGAACGGAGUGUUGGACCAAUCGGCAAUCGUUCUGUCGAAAUCAGACCACCUCACACGCAUCUGGUGCCAGGACCGUCGGCAUGGUUUGAGACGUCUCAAAACAUCCUCAGGACCGUCGGCAUGGCUACAUUCCACUCCCUGCCGGAUCACCAUCUCACUCCGACAAACAAGCUCCCCUCCCCCCAGUCGCCUUCAUCUUGGCGUUCUCAGGCAUGCAGGCAGCUCUCACUUCCUCCUCGGGCUACAACAACCGGGUGCAGGAGUGCCAGGAAGCUGCCAGGAUGCUUCUCGCUGCAGCAGGACUGGAAGUGCCCUCUUUUCCUGUUCUUUCGCAAGUGCCUCUUCACGUCUUCGAGGCCCACAAG